AUAAACGUUUGUAACCGGUAAAACAUACUUAGUUGUGAUCCCAAUACUCGUUGAGACAACAAUAAACUAAAAAAAAAAAUAAAAAAAACCAAAAAUUACAUCAAAGUUGUUUAAAUAAAUUAUGUUUGGACUUAAAAAAAGUACAUUAAUUGGAAGUUUUGUUGGACUUUGUAUUGGUAUUGGAUUAAUAAUUUUAAUAAUAUUUACUUUUAUUAAAACAACAAAUAAUGAUGAUGAUCAUGAUAAAUCAUGGGGAGAUAAAUUUAUCAGUAAAUCAAUAUUGGGAAAAUUUAAAAAGGCAGCUGUUGCAUCAAAUGGAGUUGAAUGUUCAGAAAUUGGUAUGAAUAUGUUGAAAAAAAAUGGCUCAGCAGUUGAUGCUGCAAUUGCGACAUUACUUUGUGAAGGCGUUGCUUCACUGCACAGUAUGGGACUUGGUGGUGGAUUUCUAAUGACAAUUUGGGAUGCAAGUAAAAAAAAAUCUGUAUUUUUAAAUGCCAGAGAAACAGCACCAGCAGCAUCACACAAAAAUAUGUUUGAAGGAAACGCGACUUUAUCACAAUUUGGUGGAAAAGCAAUUGGUAUACCUGGUGAAUUACUUGGCUAUUGGGAAGCUCAUAAAUAUUAUGGUAAAUUACCAUGGAGAGAAUUAUUUUUACCAACAAUUGAACUCUGUGAAAAUGGAAUUGUUGUUAAUGAAUAUUUAGCAAAUACAUUGAGAAGAUUUCAAAAUAAAAUUAUCAAUGAGCCAACAUUAAAAGACAUAUUAAUUGAUAAAAAAACAAAUGAAACCUGGAUCAUAGGUGAUAGAAUAAAACGUCCAAUAUUAAAAGAGACAUUAAAACGUAUUGCUGAAGAUGGACCAGGUAUUUUUUAUAAUGGCACAAUGGGAGAAGAUUUGAUUAAAGAAAUUAAAGAAGUUGGAGGAAUCAUGGAUAUGAAUGACCUAAAAAAUUAUCGUAUCAAAUGGAGCUCACCAAUAGCAUCGAAAUUUGAUAAAUUAACAAUGUACACAGCUCCACUUCCAGGCUCUGGAGUAAUAUUAAAUUUAAUAAUGAAUAUUUUAUAUGGUAUAACAUCAACAAAAGAUGAGUCAAUAUUUUGUCAACGUUUAGUUGAAACAUUUAAAUGGGGAUAUGCAAAAAGAACAGAAUUAGGUGAUGAUAAUUUUGUUGAUAUAAAUGGAUUAUUAAAAAAUUUAACAUCACCAACAUAUGCUAAAGAAAUACGUCAAGAAAUUGUUGAUAAUUGGACAAGUAAAGAUCCAAAAUAUUAUGGUGCUGUAUUUGCAACACCAGAUGAUUCUGGUACAUCACAUGUAUCUGUCUUGGCUGAUGAUGGAUCAGCAGUAUCAGUAACAUCAACAAUAAAUCAAGUUUUAGGUGCAAUGAUACGUUCAAAAUCAACUGGAAUAAUAUUUAAUGAUCAAAUGGAUGAUUUUAGUGCACCUGGAAUAACAAAUGGUUUUGAUCUUCCACCAUCACCAGCAAAUUUUAUUGAACCAGGAAAAAGACCAUUGAGUUCAAUGGUUCCAACAAUUAUUGUUGAUGAUGAAGGACAAGUUCAGUUGGUAAUUGGUGCAGCUGGUGGAACAAAAAUAACAACAUCUGUUGCAUUAGCAAUAAUAUUAAAUAUUUGGAAAGGAUAUAAUAUCAAAGAAGCUGUUGAUGCACGUCGUCUUCAUCAUCAGUUAUUACCAAUGACUAUUGAAGCUGAGCCUGGUUUUAAUCAAUCAAUUCUUGAUUAUCUUAUUGGAAUUGGUCAUAAUACAACAUUUUAUUCUGGUAUUGGUAGUGCAAUAACAGCAGUAUCAAGAAAAAAUUAUAAUGGUAUAACAGCAAAUUCAGAUUACAGGCGGCAGGGUACUGUUUCUGGUUUUUAAUGUAAAUAAAUUUUAAUUUUAAUAAUAAAAAACAAAUUUUAAUUUAAUAUAAAUA